AUGGCGGAGCUCAAAGAGGCGGACGCUUCCCAGCUACACCAGGAGGACGUCGAUAUCAAACGUGGCGAUGGUGGAGAUGCACCUUCAGCCGGUGACAAAGCUGCAGAGACUGAAGCUGCUGCAGAUAAUGACGCCAGACCCUCGACUACAACCACCGAGAGACACAUCUCCAUCCAAACUAAGCUAGAGGGCCUUGAGAUGCUGGUUGACCUCAAUGGGGCGGGGCGUAAGUCAUGUCCUCUGUGUCCUGAGGAGAAGUUUAAAGCCUGUUACAGCCACAAACUUCGCCGACACCUGCAGAACCUGCACUGGAAGGUCUACGUGGAGUUUGAAGGCCAGAGGAUGUGUAUCUGUCACCUGCCCUGCAGAAACCUGAAGCCCAGCCUCAGUGGAGAUCAGGCAUCAGGGAGACACGUGGCUCACUACCACUGCGUGGUGUGCUCUGUCACCAUCGCCCGUAAGACGGACAUGAUCAGCCACCUGAAGCGCCACGUCAACAAAGGAGAGACUGAGGCCAGCUACUCGGGCGGCUCGGACGUACCGUUUGAAGAGCCGGCUCCAUCAGGUCAAGCGUAUGAAAUCAUGAAAGAGCUCGGGACAAACGUCCAGCUCCUCCCGAACCACACCACCCCGCAGAAGAGCGACACCUACUUCAACCGCAAGAUGAAGACCAACAGGCAGCUGGUGUUUUGUUCGCUGGCUGUUCUGGCUGAAGAGAGAAACCCACUGGAGUGUCUGGACGCUUUUGGAGCCACAGGGAUCAUGGGCCUCCAGUGGGCGAAACACCUCCGCAAUGCGGUCAAAGUGACCAUAACGGACAUCAGCGACACAUGUGUCAAAAUGAUCAAAGAGAACUGCCAGCUGAACCACAUCCGGGUGGAUGGAGGCUCGCGAGGCCCCCGGGGGCCCGACGGGGCAAGCGUCGAGGUCGAGGGCGUUCCCAUUGCUGCGGUGGAGGUCGCUAAGAUGGACGCCAACGUCAUCAUGCACCUGCGGCCUUUUGACUACAUUCAUUUGGAUCCGUUCGGGACGGCAGUGAACUACCUGGACGCCGCCUUCAGAAAUGUCCGUAACCUGGGCAUCAUCUCUGUGACGUCGACAGACACCGGCUCCCUGUACUCCAAGUCUCCCAACGUCACCCUGCGUCACUACGGCUGUCACAUCGUACGCACCGAGUACUACAAAGAGCUGGCUGCUCGCAUGGUCAUCGCCACUGUGGCCAGAGCGGCGGCCCGCUGUAACAAAGGCAUCGAGGUGCUGCUAGCGGUCGCGCUGGAGCACUUCGUGCUGGUGGUGGUGAGAGUCCUCAGGGGACCGACGCAGGCUGAUGAAUCGGCCAAGAAGUUACGGAAACUGGUCCACUGCCAGUGGUGUGAGGAGAGAGUCUUCCUCAAACUAGGAAACAUGGUGGACGACACGCUGCCCUGUAACUGUCAUGGAAGUCUGCCUGGAAAGACGGCAGUGCAGCUGGGACCGUUAUGGUCCGGCCCUCUGUUUAACACAGGCUUCCUGAGGAGGAUGCUGUCGGCGGCGGUGCAGCACAGUAUGGACGACAUCCAGCCACUCGUCAAAACUCUGAUCUGCGAGUCCGAGUGCACGACCCUCAAGUCUUUGGUGCACGGGCCGUCCGCUCUCACUAACCAGGUGGAGUGUGGAGUCGUCAUUAAGACCUUACAGAGCGGAGAGGAGUCAGGUCCUGAUCAGUCUGGGAAGAGGAAGACCGGAGAGGAGUCUGGGAAUGUAGUGAAGAAGCUGAAGUCUGAUGCGUCUCUGGAACACCCGCCUUUCUACUACAGCAUCCACCGCCACAGCAUCAGAGGCAUGAACAUGCCCAAGUUGAACAAGUUCCUUCAGUACCUGACAGAGGCCGGCUUCAGGGUGAGUCGGACUCACUUCGACCCGACGGGGGUUCGAACUGAUGCCACGCUGGAGCAGUUUAAAUCCGUCCUCACCAAGUACAGCGUCCCCACAUACGCCACCGCCACGCAGACGAGCGUGAGCACGGAGAAGACGGUGUGAGAGAACCAAGCAGAGAGGAGACAACCAACGAAAAUCAUUCCGUUCUUGGUUUGUCUCAGUUUGACUGCACCCCUGCUGUUCCUUCAAGUUCUGACUGCACUGACAUCAUAAAGAAACUACCAACUGCUUUCGCUCUGGACGAGCUUUUAUUAGAACAAAGUAGAAACUCUUUAAUCAAACCAAAACUGAUGUGGAUUUUUAUUCAAACUGCAAACCAAACUGAUCCUGAGCCCAGUUUAUCAACAGUGUCUCUAUUUAUUUCCGAUUUCUCUCAAAAAUCCUUAUAAUACAAGUUUUUUUUUUUCUAGCUGUUUUAUUGUCUUAAUUUGUCUCUUGUCUUAAAAACAUAAUAAAAAUCUUGUCUGCAAAGACUGAAUUAUUAGCUGGUUCCUCUGGUUGCUCAGAAUGUUCUGUGAUUCUUCUGUGAUUACAGUCAGGGCGCUGAGGCUCUGGGAUGAUCUGCCUGAGGAAAUCAGGUCGGGUGAAUCUGUGACCUCCUUUAGAUCUCUUCUUAAAACACAUGUUUAUCUGUGAGCUUUUCCUGGUUUUCCUUUACCUUGAAGUGUUUUAUUUCUCUUAACCUUACUCUGUAUUUUGGGGUUUUUAUACACCUAAUUGUUUUAUGUUUUUCUGCUCUUUUAAACCUAUUGAUUUUAACCUGUUAUCCUAAUUUAUUGCAGCCUUUUUUUAAGCACUUUAGCUCUAUAAUUAAAGAUUAUCAUUAUUAUAAUUAUUAUUUACUGAGAAAAUUCACACCCACAGUUUGAAACAGUCUGUGCUCAGGGUUGAUGUUUCUCUUGGCAAAGUUAUUUUAGUCGCAUUAACAUCAUUGGUGGGAAGUAAAGAUUUCAUUCUCAUUAAUCAGAGAUUGAGGUUUGAGAAUGAGGUUUUUACACCAGUUCCCAAACAGACAACAAAAGAAAACUCACUAACAAGUAUGUGUGUAAGGCAACAGGCUGAUAUUUCACAUUGUACAUAGUUAAAUAAGUGAUGCUUUGCUCAGUUCUGUUAAGAGAAAAUCCUGUAACGCAUUCUACCGUCACAGCACAUUGCAUUGUGGGAUAUUCUCUUGAGCAAACUCUGCAGAGUUGAAACACUUCUUAUCUGAAAAACCCUGUUGCUCCAAAGGUUAAAGAGACUUUAACUUUAAGAUUAAAACAGAGAUGUUUACCUGGUAGGUGCAUUUACAUCAAUGAACCCUUGUGUUUUUUCUGUU